CGUCGCCGGAUGUCCGCCCGUCGAGCCCGCUCCCGGCGACCAACUCCUCCCCGCCCCAGUCGGCGCGCCGCGGCGUGGGGCGGCGCCGCCGGGGCUCCGCCAGCCCGUACCCGUCGUCGCCGUCCCUCGGCGGGUUCGAGACGCCGCCGCACCCGGGCCGCGGCGCGGCCGCGGCGGCGUCGCGGCAGAACUGGACGGGGCGGUUCCCGCCGACGCCGUCCACCCCCAUGUCCACCGACGACGUCCCGCUCUCGUCGGAGGCCGGGGACGAGGACACGCCCGAGACCGACGGCGCCGGCGCGGGCGCCGACGCCACCCCGGUCUUCGUCUGGGGCACCAACAUCAGCGUGCAGGACGUCAACGCCGCCAUCCUGCGGUUCCUCCGCCACUUCCGGGACCCGCGCGACGCCGGCCGCGUGGACUCCGUCAUGGACGAGGGCAAGUACAUGCGCGCCAUCCACCGCAUCCUCGAGCUCGAGGGCGGGGAGUCGCUCGACGUCGACGCCCACGACGUGUUCGACCACGACCCCGACCUCUACGGCAAGAUGGUCAGGUACCCGCUCGAGGUGCUCGCCAUCUUCGACAUCGUGCUCAUGGACCUCGUCGCGCGCAUCGAGCCCCUCUUCGAGAAGCACAUCCAGACCAGGAUCUACAACCUCAAGUCGUCGGUUUGCUUGAGGAAUCUGAACCCUUCUGAUAUUGAGAAGAUGGUGUCUAUCAAGGGCAUGAUAAUUCGAUGCAGCUCCGUCAUUCCGGAGCUCAAGGAGGCUGUUUUCCGCUGCCUAGUGUGUGGGUUCUACUCCGAGCCUGUCAUGGUUGAUAGAGGGAGGGUUACUGAGCCACAUAUCUGUCAGAAAGAACAAUGUAAAGCUACAAACUCUAUGACUCUUGUGCAUAACCGAUGCAGGUUUGCAGAUAAGCAGAUCAUAAAGUUGCAGGAAACACCAGAUGAGAUACCAGAAGGUGGUACACCUCAUACAGUUAGUGUCUUGAUGCAUGAUAAACUUGUCGAUGCUGGAAAGCCUGGUGACAGGGUUGAGAUAACUGGGAUAUACAGAGCCAUGAGUAUUAGAGUUGGCCCAACUCAGAGGACAGUGAAGUCGAUUUUCAAGACGUACAUUGACUGUCUUCACAUAAAGAAGACAGACAAGUCUAGACUUCAUGUUGAGGACUCCAUGGAUACUGAUAACCCCAAUGCUAACAAGACAACUGAAGAUGAUUUUCUCACGGAUAAGAUUGAGAAAUUAAAAGAGUUGUCAAAGUUACCAGAUAUAUAUGACAGGUUAACUAGGUCAUUGGCUCCAAACAUAUGGGAGCUGGAUGAUGUUAAAAGAGGCCUCCUUUGUCAGCUUUUUGGUGGAAAUCCUUUGAGACUUCCAUCUGGAGCUAGUUUCCGAGGUGACAUCAAUAUUUUGCUUGUUGGUGAUCCUGGAACAAGUAAAUCUCAGCUUCUCCAAUACAUGCACAAACUGUCUCCCCGUGGCAUUUAUACAAGUGGGAGAGGAAGUUCAGCUGUCGGCCUUACUGCAUACGUUACCAAGGAUCCUGAAACUGGUGAAACUGUUCUUGAGAGCGGAGCACUUGUUUUGAGUGACAAAGGUGUUUGCUGUAUUGAUGAAUUUGAUAAGAUGUCUGAUAAUGCUCGAAGCAUGUUACAUGAGGUAAUGGAACAACAGACUGUCUCCAUUGCCAAGGCUGGAAUAAUUGCAUCUUUAAAUGCUAGAACAUCGGUUCUAGCAUGUGCAAAUCCUACUGAAUCGCGGUAUAAUCCAAGGCUCUCUGUGAUUGACAAUAUUCACCUUCCUCCAACACUUCUUUCAAGGUUUGACCUCAUUUAUCUGAUAUUGGACAAGGCAGAUGAGCAAACCGAUAGACGCUUGGCUAAGCAUAUUGUUUCAUUGCAUUUCGAUAACCCAAAUAUAGUGGAGCUUGAGGUUUUGGAUUUGGCUACACUUGUAGCAUACAUAAGUUAUGCAAGGAAGCAUAUACAACCACAGUUAUCUGAUGAAGCUGCGGAAGAAUUGACUCGUGGCUAUGUUGAGAUGAGGAAAAGAGGAAACAGCCCUGGUAGCAGAAAGAAGGUCAUAACUGCGACAGCUCGACAAAUUGAGAGCUUGAUUCGGCUCAGUGAAGCACUGGCCCGAAUGCGAUUCUCACAAGUGGUGGAAGUACGUGAUGUUGUAGAGGCAUUCAGGCUUCUCGAAGUUGCCAUGCAGCAAUCAGCGACAGAUCAUGCAACUGGUACAAUCGAUAUGGAUCUUAUCAUGACUGGAAUAUCUGCGAGUGAAAGGCAGAGGCGGGACAAUCUUGUCGCAGCAACCCGCAACCUUAUCAUGGAGAAAAUGCAGCUUGGAGGGCCCUCGAUGAGAAUGAUUGAGUUGCUGGAAGAACUUAGGAAGCAGAGCUCAGUGGAAGUUCAUCUGCAUGAUCUUCGCAGUGCUCUUGGCACUCUGAUGACCGAGGGAGCCGUAGUCAUCCACGGAGACAGUGUCAAGAGGGUCUGAUGUGUAUGAUAUCUGGGAUGGCAAAGGCUUGGUCCGUUGUUUAAGUGGAGACUGCUUACACAUCCGACUUGGAUGGCUGACUGUAAUUUCCUAGAUGAUGUUCUUGAUACGGUUACUUACAUGAAACAUGCUAGUGCUAAUCAGAGUUGUAAUGUGGGGCGUCAGUUUCAUUUUAUUCAACUGUAUGUAGGCAGGAUGAUAAUAUUUUAAUUUGAUCUUGUUGUGUUUGCUAUAUAAAUGAUCAUGCGGCGUCAUUUUCUUACAAGGUUUUCCUAGGAGCCACUAGCCCCAUUUUUUUACGGGAAACAGAAAUAUAUUAAACAGUUCCAUCUUCCUUUACU